UCUACUGUAACUGUGUAAGUGGAGGAAACAUAAGGGCAGAAUGAUGCACUCUUUAGGUGUUAAGCUGGUCUCUUUGAAGCCUGCAACGAUCUCUACAGCGUGGGCGAGCCACAGAGAAAGCACGAAGCCUUCUUUUGUGAUUCUAUCUGUCUCCAAUUCUUCUUCCUCCGAGAGAGAUGGUUCGGAGAAUGAGAAGAUGCUCUCUUCUCCGAUCGCCUCUUUCCUUUCUAAGAGCCAGAACUAUGCUCUCCUCAAGAAGCAGUUGGCCGUGGCGGCCAAAUCCGAGGAUUAUAAAGAGGCUGCAAGGAUACGGGAUUCCUUAAAAUCUUUUGAGGAGGAGGAACCAGUAUUGCGCCUCAAGGGAUUAUUAAAGAAGGCUAUUCAAGAAGAACGCUUUGAGGAUGCUGCAAGGUAUCGAAAUGAAUUGAAAAUUUUGGCCCCACAUGCUUUGUUGAAAUGUUCAAGUGAUGCUACUACUGCGGGUAUACGGGUGCAAGUAAGGAGUGUGUAUAUUGAGAGCAGAAGCCAACCAUCAAAAGGGCAGUACUUCUUUGCUUAUAGAAUUCGAAUCACUAAUAAUUCUGAGCAUCCUGUACAAAUCCUUAGACGGCACUGGAUCAUAACUGACGGCAACGAGAGAACCGAGAACAUCUGGGGAGUUGGCGUUAUAGGAGAACAACCUGUGAUACUUCCAAAUACUGGAUUUGAGUACUCUUCUGCCUGUCCCUUGAGUACUCCUAAUGGAAGAAUGGAAGGUGAUUUUGAGAUGAAGCAUAUUGAUAUGGUUGGAUCAUCAACUUUCAAUGUAGCGAUUGCCCCCUUCUCUCUGUCCUGCAUGGGAGAUGAAGAUGGUGGGCUCCUUUAGGGUCUGCACACAUGUUUUCUACCUGUUUUAACCUACACUGGGAGGGGAUUUUAGCCUUUAUGUCCUAAGGUUUAUAUAUUUUUAUGUUUUUCAAUUCAACCCCAAUGUGGACGAAAAGGCUCUCGUACAAAUCAUGUUUACUUGUAUAUGUGCAUGAUGUAAUCAAUAUAUAAGAUAUUUUUAGAUUUAGGGGUGCAAAAUGAUGAGU